UGCUUAGUCACCAUACACUACUUCUUCCUCAUUCAUUCACGCGAAAAUCCUUCUCCAUUUGCAUUUGCAGAAGUUUGUUCACCCAAAACAAAUCUUCUCACAAUCUCUUCUUCUUCUUCUCCUCAUUUAUUGCCUCAUUAAUCAGAAUCUGUUUUCUGGGUACAUCUCAUCUCACUCUCUCUCUCUCUCUCUCUCUCUCUCUCUCUCUCUCUUUCUCUCUUUCUCUCUUUCUCUCUCCUCCCUUACAUUUUUACUUCUCCUUUCAGCCUCUGCCUAUGUAACUGCUGCUUCCUUUCUUGUUUUUCUUGUUCUCAAUAAUGUAAUAUUCGUCUCAGCAUUUCUUAUCUUUUUGUUGAAUGCCCAUUUGCUCAAAACUGCUAUAAGUUGUCUCUAUUACAGUUCCACUCAUGGGUUCUCGCUAAUUUUUCAUUUCUUUUCUGUGAAUGCCCAUUUGCUUCAAAUUGCUCUAAACACUCCCAAAUGCAGUUUUCCACAAUGGGUUUUCGUUAAUUUCCUUGUUCUUCCUCUAAAACAAGUUUCAAGCUUUACUCCAAAAGUGCUAGUUUUAGCCAUUAUAUUAUUUAUAUACCAUGUAACUGAUUUCUUUUAGCAAGUUUCUGCAUUUGAUGAAAAGGAGGCUUUUUUCUCUUAUGGUCAUUUUUAUGUGAUUAAAGAGAGGUAAUGGAUCUAUGCUUUAUCCUAGUUAACCGCUAAUUAUUUGAUCUGAACUUAUGGAGAGUUGUUUAUUCCGUUAAUACUCAACUUCCUUUUCAGUUUCACAAUGAAUUCCAUUCGCUAAUUUGGUUGCGUUAUCCAAGAUAUGGCAUCCAAGUAAUUUCUUUUUUUUUUAUUUCUCUAAUCUAUUUUUUGUUCUUCAUAUCACACACCAAUUAUUUGAUCUAAUUUCCUUGCUCAAAUGUAAAUUUCUUCCACUUUAUUGAUUCAUUCUUUUAAGGACCUCACCAAGGGUCUGAUAUAAUUCAAGAACUAAUGAAUCUAACAUUCUUCUUUCCCGCUUUUUUAACCCUUCAAAAUCCCACUAUGAUGAAGUAGUUCUUGUUUCUCUGCCCACAAUUUUUGCAUAUAAAUCCUCCCUAUGCAAAUUUAAGUACUUUUAUUGGCCUCUCGAGUCCCUUGGAAUUUGGAUCUUUACGUUAAUUUCCCUGUUUAUUUUGUUUUCUCAUACAAAUCCCACCAAAAAAAAAAAAGAAUCUAUUAUAUUUUUACUUACUCAUGGAAGAAACAUUUGUUCCCUUCCGGGGGAUCAAGAAUGACCUUAGAGGAAGGCUUUUGUGCUACAAGCAAGACUGGACUGGUGGCCUUAAAGCGGGUAUCAGGAUCUUGGCUCCAACGACCUACAUAUUCUUUGCUUCAGCAAUUCCAGUCAUAUCCUUUGGGGAGCAGUUGGAAAGAGAUACAAAUGGAACUCUCACGGCAGUACAAACUCUUGCAUCAACGGCACUUUGCGGUAUCAUCCACUCAAUUUUUGGAGGACAGCCCUUGCUCAUUCUAGGAGUGGCUGAGCCCACAGUUUUGAUGUAUACAUUCAUGUUCAACUUUGCCAAGGACAGAAAGGAUUUAGGGCAGGAGCUGUUCUUGGCAUGGACUGGAUGGGUAUGUGUGUGGACGGCCCUUUUGCUCUUCCUGUUGGCUAUUCUAGGCGCGUGCUCGAUAAUCAAUAGGUUUACUCGCCUUGCUGGUGAAUUGUUCGGACUGCUAAUUGCUAUGCUUUUUAUGCAACAAGCCAUAAGGGGAGUUGUUGAGGAGUUUCGUGUGCCCAAAAGGGAAAAUCCCAAUCAGACUGCACUUGAACCUGCGUGGCGAUUUGGAAAUGGAAUGUUCGCACUGGUUCUAUCCUUUGGCCUUCUUCUUACUGCACUGAGAAGCCGUAAAGCUAGAUCAUGGCGUUAUGGUACUGGUAGGCUAAGGGGAUUUAUUGCGGAUUAUGGAGUUCCACUUAUGGUGCUUAUAUGGACUGGUGUAUCUUACAUACCAGUUAAUGAUGUCCCCAAAGGACUCCCACGACGGCUUUUUAGUCCAAAUCCAUGGUCUCCGGGUGCAUACUCGAAUUGGACAGUCAUAAAGGAAAUGGUUAAUCUUCCUCCGUUAUAUAUAAUUGGAGCAUUUAUACCAGCAACUAUGAUUGCAGUGCUUUACUACUUUGAUCACAGUGUUGCAUCUCAACUUGCUCAACAGAAGGAAUUUAAUCUGAAGAAACCAACUUCUUACCAUUAUGACCUUCUUCUUUUGGGCUUUCUGGUCAUUCUAUGUGGGCUUAUUGGCAUUCCUCCUGCAAAUGGUGUAAUACCUCAAUCCCCUAUGCACACCAAAAGUUUAGCUACUCUUAAACAUCAGCUGUUGCGGAAUAAACUUGUAUCGGCAGCACGAAAAAGUAUAUCUAAAAACUCAAACCUGAGUCAAUUAUACCGGAGCAUGCAAGAGGCCUAUGAUGAAAUGCAGACUCCACUAGCCUACCAAAUUCCACCUGCCCUGGGACUUAAAGAACUCAAAGAAUCCACUAUCCAACUGGCCGAGAACACUGGCUACAUCGGCGCCCCUGUUGAUGAGACUGUCUUUGAUGUGGACAAGGAUAUUGAUGACCUUUUGCCUGUUGAAGUUAAAGAGCAGCGCCUCAGCAAUUUACUACAGGCAUUGAUGGUUGGUGGUUGUGUUGCUGCUAUGCCUCUUCUGAAGAAGAUUCCGACUUCGGUCCUUUGGGGUUACUUUGCUUUCAUGGCAAUAGAAAGCUUGCCUGGAAAUCAAUUCUGGGAGAGGAUAUUGUUGCUUUUGACCGCUCCAAGUCGAAGAUACAAAGUGCUGAAGAAGUAUCACGCAACAUUUGUGGAGACCGUACCCUUCAAAGCAAUUGCCUGUUUCACCUUGUUCCAGACAGUUUACUUGCUAGUUUGUUUUGGGCUAACAUGGAUCCCAAUUGCUGGGGUGCUCUUCCCAUUGUUGAUCAUGCUUCUUGUCCCGGUGAGGCAGUAUUUUCUCCCCAAGUUUUUCAAGGGAGCUCACCUUCAAGACUUGGAUGCUGCGGAAUACGAGGAAGCCCCUGCCAUUGCUUUCAACAUGUCAUUUGAAAAUCAGGAUCUUCAGUCAAGAACAAAUAACGUUGACAGCGCGGAAGUACUUGAUGAAAUUAUCACAAGAAGCCGUGGAGAGAUCCGCCGAUCGCAGAGUCCAAAAGUGACAAGUUCAACCCCAUCCAUAGAGGACAUAAAAUCUGUUUAUAGCCCAAGGUUGUCACAGAGAGUGUACAGCCCACGUCUAAAUGAACUGAGAGGCGAAGGAAGCCCCCGGUCGCCUGGGAAGGAACUUCAAGUAAAGCUGACUCCAAGUCCUGGACUAUCUAUCCUUGGAAAAGGCAUUCAUGGUUCUUCUUCUUCUGCAGGCCAAAUACCAUAAGUUUGUGAUUCUGGUGAGUUUGGUUGUUAAUGGUUCUCGAGAGGUUCUACAUUAUGCAUAUAUAGCUAGGUAUUGUCUUUUAAUGAAUGUGUUUCUAAGUUCUAACCUUCCGCAUAUAGUAUACUCAAUCAUUUGUAUGGGUUUAUCUCCCUUGUGAGUUGGGCAGAGGACAUGUUAUUAUAAUGGAAAAGUACUUUUACCCUUUGUUUUGUUUU